AUGUCGGAACACGAGUCGUUGGUUGCUGGUCGCUCGAGACGAGCAAACGCCGGCAAUAAGCUGCGGGAUUUACUAGAAAAAGAACAUAUAAGGGCUUCUGGAGAAGAAGGAGAAUUAGAAAAAGAGGAUGAAGAGUACAGCUUUGAAAGAGAGGUCGACGUUGAGCGUGACAUUGACAUUUCAAGUGAAGAUAGCGAAUCGGAAGAAGGCGAGGAAGAACAGCAAGUGGAACUAGCGGAAACUGAAGAGAAGCUGCUUCGUCAAGAGGAGAAGUCGGAGAAACGACGCUUACAAAAGAGUCGAAUCACCAACCUGCAGAAAUCUCUUGGAACACCCAAAACAAAGAUGCCAGAAAAGAGCGAACCCGGAUUAGUUAAGAAGACAUACAAGAAACAAAAAUUGGAUUCUUCUUCACGGAGAACGAGUUCCAGAAUGCACACAAUUCGCAUGACACAAUCGACCGAGCAUAGAUUACAAGAAGCCCGGCCAAGAAGAAAGUAUACAGUUCAUGCCGGUGGUGAUCGAACGAAAUUUGGAUUGACACAGCAGCAGAGGUUAGCAGAGGCUGCGAAAACAGAGGCUUUUAAUAUCGGCUCUUUGCGGAAUUAUGUCAAUUACGAAGAACAACGAAAGCUUCGAUUGCGAAGAAGUGCAGCAAAGCACCGGCGGCUGCAAGGUCCAAUACUGAAAUAUAUUACCAAGACGGAGGCCUCGGAAAGCCAAAAAAAAGUUGGAAAUUAUUAUGUGGCUCCUCUUGAACAUCCUCUUAGCCAGGGUCCAGUAGAAACACCGAUCUUGCCAGAAAACGUCCUUGAGGAAUGCGCAAUCUCAGGACAAAGAGCCAUAUACAUGGAUCCUUUGACAAGAUUACCGUUUGCAAAUGCAGCUGCCUUUCAAGAGCUACGUGAUGUUUACCAUCAAAAGUAUGCUUGGAGUGCGUUGUUGAAUACAUUUCAUUAG